CUGCGGUGCUACCCUAGGCCCUAGACUGCACUGGACUGCACUAAAAUUCCCUUUCCAUUUCUACGCGAAUUCUACGCUUUCUACUUUUCGCUAAACUUGAAGCAUAUGUGGACGCAGGUUCAGGUUCAGGUUAGCGUUUGACAGUGGACAGUGGGACUGAGACUGAGUGUGAGGUGUGAGUGGGAAUCAGUGGAAAUCACAGGUGAGAGAGACAAGGGUGAUCAGGGGGGAAUGGUGGGAAACGCGCUUGUUCUACAGUUCUACACGAGUGCUCUUUAACGCCGUUUUUAUCAAUCGCCCCGGGCCGCUAAUCAACUGAUCGUUUCAUGGAAAAUAUCGCGCGCGAUAUCACGAUAUUUCGAGAUCACGGUAUACCACGGUCACGGGUCACGGUAUACCGGACGAAGCUGCAUUCCAACCCAUUAUCUCGACAAGUCAACGGUGUGACAACAAUAUGAAGCCUUUAAUCGAAUUCGAAGAAUGCUUUCGAGAUACUCCCAAGUUUCGAUCGUGCAUCGAAGAGGUGGAGAAGAAUGUGGAUCAACUUGAACAAAAGUUAGAUAAGGUAUUGAAAAAUUGCAGCUUAACCAUCGAUACCGGGAAAGCCUUUGUUGGACAGCAAAACCAAUUUGCCAAUAGUCUUUGGGAAUUGUCUUUGUACUUCAGCGAUGACCCGGAAAUAAUGGCAUUUUUAAACAAGCUUAUUCAUGCUUUGCAAGAAAUGAACAAGUAUCAUACAAUUUUAUUGGACCAAGCUUCUAGGACUGUGAUGAAGGAUCUUAAUAAUUUUAUUAAAAGCGAUAUCAAGAAAGCGAAAGAGACUCGGCAUUACUUUGAAAAAAUUUCCGGUGAUCUUGAUGUUGCACUGAAUAGGAAUUCUCAAGUACCGAAAUCUCGGCCUGUGGAAUACGAGGAGGCAUCAAAUAUUCUGUCGGCUACCCGAUCGUGCUUUCGACACACCGCGCUAGACUACAUUCACGCAUUGACGAUGCUGCAAGCGCACAAACGACACGAAAUAUUAGGCACAUUACUGAGUUACAUGCACGCAUGUAUUACUUAUUACCAUCAAGGUAGCGAUCUUGCUCAAGACUUGGAUCCUUUUCUGAAAGAUCUCGAUGAAAAUUUAGUUAAGAUGAGAGGUGAUUCAAAUAAACUUGAAAAAGAAAUGGAAAAUCGUCAUAUUUAUGUCAAUAAUCGAGAUCUGAUCCCUUCUCUGAUACCUGGAAAUUCCAAGAUGGAAGGCUAUUUAUUCAAAAGGACUAGCAACGCUUUCAAAACUUGGAAUAGAAGGUGGUUCUGCUUGAAGGAUCAUCAACUGGUGUACCGAAAACGAACAGGUGACGAAGGAUAUACAAUUAUGGAAGAAGAUUUGCGACUAUGCACUGUAAAACCUGUAGUUGAUUGCGAUAGAAGGAAUUGUUUUGAAGUUUUAAGUCCAACCAAGAGUCAUAUGUUGCAAGCAGACAGCGAAGAAACGUAUUUGGCGUGGGUAACUGCGAUGCAGCAAGCUAUUGGUGCUGCUAUUCAGAGAGGCAUGAGUGUAACUGCUAAUAUUAAUCCACAUCAAUUACAAUCACGUGAUAAUAAGGGUUCUGCUAGGCCAUUAACAAAAUUGAAAUCAAGAGUGUGGGAGCAGUUAUUAAAAAUCUCGGGUAACGAGGUUUGCUGCGACUGUGGCGAUGUUAACCCACGGUGGGCUAGCAUCAAUCUGGGUAUUACACUUUGCAUAGAGUGUUCUGGUGUACAUAGAAGUCUUGGAGUACACUAUAGCAAAGUUCGAUCCUUAACUCUGGACGAUUGGGAGCCAGAAAUACUGAAAGUGAUGGCAGAAUUAGGCAAUUCCGUGGUAAAUAGCAUAUACGAAGCUCUACCAGUACCUUCCGACAUUAUUAAAGCUAUACCAAAAUGCAAUGGUAACAUUCGAGAAGCUUGGAUAAAGUUCAAGUACGUAGAUCGUAAGUUCGUAAAACCUCUGACGGAUGUGAUACCGGCUGGACAUCAUGCGAGUCGAGAGCAAAUGCGAUUUCGGAAAUGGAGCGUGCGUAAACUACGCCGCAGACCACGCAGUUGCGAUAAGAUCGAUACUAGUAAUGUCAAUGAAACAUUGUCAACAUUGUCAUCUGUAAAAGAAAAUCAUCCUUCAACUAGCUCGGACGAAAGCAAACACACGUCAAUCGAUAGUUUGAAUUCCAUUGGCAGAGCGAAGAAGCCGGAACGAAAUUCCGUAAGCUCGGACGACAGUGCUAAUAUAGAUUUGAGAAAUAACUCUACCCUUUAUGGAAAGAUCUUGAACCGUUCGCAGAACGAUUUGAAUGAUACUAAUAAAUAUGUUAAGAGUACAAUUGCAACUCAUGGAGAAGUUGCAAGCGGCGAGCCGCUUGUAAAAGAGCUUAAUUCGGUAGAAAGCGAACUGAUGCUGAAUACAUUAACAGUUAAUAUUAAUACGUCUUCAGUCGGCGAAUCAGACGAUAAUUCCAAUAAUAAAGUCAAAGACGAUGAAAACAUCUCAGGAAAUAAAGAUUCCGGGUCGGAGAAGCAUUGUAGAAUGGAAAAAGUAGAAUCAGCUGUAUUAAUGUUUGGUUGCGAUAUACCGAAACCUGCUAUUGAUGACAAUUUAGAACUGAGUUCUGAUCAAGAUUCAACGGCUGGCGAGGAUGAAGAAUUUACUGAUGAAGAAGAUAUAGAAAAUCUCCAUCCUGAGAUGCUGCUUUAUAAAGCUGCAGCAGCGCAUAAUUUACCCGUAAUGUGUGCAGCAUUAGCGGUCGGUGCUGACAAAUUGUGGUCCAAUGUUAAUGAUAAAAGCCGCAGUCCCCUGCAUCAAGCGAUAAUAAGUGGUUCCGUUAUGUCAUGUGAGUAUCUACUUCUGAAUGGUGCGCGAAUCAAUUGUCAAGACGCCGAGGGGAAAACGCCGUUGUAUUUAGCGACAGAAUUAGGACACACUGCACAAGUAUGUUUACUUCUUAAACAUCGUGCUGAUCAACAUAUUAAAGAUGAAAGCGGAAUAAAACCUUUGUCGAUUGCUGUAAAAGAAGCAAAUGCCGAUAUCGUUACUUUAUUACGACUUGGUCUCCUAAAUGAAGAAAUGAAAGACUCUGAAAUAGGCGUCACCGGUGAUGAAACGUUCAAUGACGUCGUUCGUGAUUUCAGUCAGUUGGCUUGCUCGCAUCCAGAACGACUGCAACGUCGAAAUGAAACCACAAAUUUAUCACAUAUGCCUGAAUGAGGCUUACAAAUUCUAAUAUAACACUUAACAUUUAUAAAUAAAUUAUAUUUUAUAUAUCAUGAAUCACAAAAGCGCGCGCUACUCUUCAAAUUGUUGCAGAAUAUCAAUUAAUUAUUGUUAGCAGAAUUAAUGUUAGUAGAAAUUGGCAUUUGAAAAAUUAUCGGCUAUCAAUUGUUUUUCUUUGUUUUAAAAACUAAACAAUUAUAAUUGUAAUAUUCAAAAUAAUUCCACUACACUCUUCCAGCCCUUGAUAUAGUUCAUUAUUGUAAAAUUGGUAAAGAUAAUUAAUUGGAGUUACGAUGACUACCUUCCACUAAUGAUAAGGUAUAAACGCAUACACACAUAGAAUUAUUGUAUAUACAUAAUCCACUGGGCCGUAUAGUGCCUCAAGCGAUUCGGUGUUUGGUAGAAUUACGACAUCGAGACAUCACACACCUUUUUUUUUAAAUAUCUAAAAGCAAAGAUAAAAUAUAAACACAGAUAAAUAUUACUUAUAAAUAACUUAUAUACAUAAUGUAGAAACGUAUGGAAAGAUCUGCUUAAUUCGCAUUACAUUGAAAGUUUCGCUACUGUAUAAUAAAUUUUUAAUACAUUUAUCUGACGGCGGAUAUAAUCGUAAAAUAGAUUUUUUUUUACAUAUUUUAUUGCGUUUUUAUAUUUAUAACUAACACAUGUUAAUUACAUGUAUAUGUAAGUAGGAUAGGCAAUAUACGAACGUUUUUGAUAUAAUCGACGUUAUCGUUGACACUAGAUCAUUGUAUCACUGUAUCAACAUUAUUUCAUUUCUUGCAUAACACAUGCGCAAGAGAUCAUUAAUAUUGCGUGCUUUAGCUGUUAUUCUAAAUAUUAUGCUAAAGAUAUACGCAUGAGUUUUUAAUCAAGAAAAUAGUUUAGAAAUAUUAUUGAUAGCUGAUAAAUCUAACGAUACGUUUUAAUAUUGUUAUCAUUGAUAUACUUUAGGGAAGUGAUUCCAACGUUGUUACCGAUUUGAUGUCCGUGAAAUAACUCGAGCCAGGAACCAAUUAAAGUAAUAAACAUAAAAUAUAAAUACAUCUGGUAUAUUUUAAAUUUUGAUAAAGAUACAUGGCAUUCAU